AAAACUGUCAAAGGCAUCGCAGCGCAGAAAAAGACAAGCAAGAAGAGAAGCUGCUGCAAGUUCGCGAGAGGUGGUUAUGCGUUUUGUUGCAUUAUCAUUCAAAAAAAGCAAUUAGAAAAAAGUGUCCGAUCGGAAUUUGUGACCCGUGGAUAGUUCCUGCAACCGAACCGAUUCCUGCCAGCCCCUGCCUAGAAUGUUCUCCAGCGGAGGAAACCUGUCGGCGAUAGUGACAACGGCGGUUCUGCUGCUGAUAACCUUCGGCGUCCGGGAAAGUACCCAACAGCAGUACGAUGCAAACGAUUACAUGAAACGGGAGCACUCCCUGUUCAAACCGUACCAGGGCUCGGGGAUGACCAUUCCGUACUGGGACUUUUUCGGAUCGACCUUUGUAACCAAUAGCUAUAUCCGGCUGACGCCGGAUCUGCAGUCCAAGAGUGGGGCCAUCUGGAAUCAAGUGCCCUGUACUUCCAUCAACUGGGAAAUGCACGUAAACUUCAAAGUUCACGGUAAAGGCAAGGAUCUUUUCGGCGAUGGCUUCGCCAUUUGGUAUGCAAAGGACCGACUGCAGACGGGGCCGGUAUUUGGCAGUCGAGACAAUUUCCUAGGGUUGGCCAUCAUCCUGGACACGUAUAGCAAUCACAAUGGACCACACAAUCAUCAACAUCCGUAUAUUAGUGCGAUGGUGAACAACGGAAGUCUGUCGUACGAUCACGACCGAGAUGGAACUCAUACGCAGCUGGCGGGAUGCGAAGCCAAGUUCCGUAAUGUGGACUACGAUACGCUCAUUAGUAUCAGAUAUGAGAACGAUGUUCUGACAGUGUCCACCGACUUGGAGAACAAGAAUACCUGGAAGCAGUGCUUCCAGGUGACCGGCGUAAAGCUGCCCACCGGAUACUUUUUCGGCGUGUCGGCCACGACCGGCGAUCUGUCGGACAAUCACGAUCUGCUGGCCAUGAAAUUCUACGAACUGGAAGCCCCUUCCCUGCACGCAGAAGACCGCAGCCGUAUCAUCCCGUCGGCGGAAACGUUCGACGCCCCGCGGGAACACAAGGACGACCCCAAACAGGGCGGUAUGUCCAACGUGAAGAUCUUCUUCCUCAUCCUGCUGGUGAUGCUGAUCGUGGUGGUGCUGGUCGUCAUCGGAAUCAUGUUCUACCAGAAGCACCAGGAAAACUCCCGGAAGCGGUUCUACUGAGUGAGACCAGAGCCCAGAAGGAGAGAAGCACAGCAGCGAAGAGUCACCGAGGGAACAGCUUUAAAAUACCAAAAUUUCUACUGGUUUGUGUGCGGCGGUGGUGGUCGCUUCUGGCCGCGAUGGGGAAUUUCCGGACUUGGGUUAUGAGAAAGGGUAGAAGUUAGGCUGCGUAGUAGUAGAGUUAGGGAGCACACAACUGGAUUCGGGGGUUUCGAUAAACAUAUGGCCGAGAUUCCAACAGUUUCGUAAUUUAUAUAUCCAGAUGCAAGGCAGAAUUUUCUAAAAUCGUUCUACAUUGACAAAGUUGGUAAAGUUUUACCAACACAACGUUAAAAAAUUGUUGGAUUUCCAGCCAUUUGUUUAUUAAGUACGACGAUAAAAUAAGUGUGUAUAGUAAUAAAUUGAACGAGUGCAUUUUUUAACUAGGCAAACUAUAGCUAAAAACUGACAAGCAAGGAGAUGAUUUCAUCAAAACGUAAGAGUGCGGCUGGUGUCUGUUGAAGGACUACCCCGUUUGUCAUAAUUGAUUUCCAAUUAGCAAGUCAUAAUUAAAAACCAAUACAUCGUCGUCGUUUCUAUGUCCUUCCAAUAGCCCACAUUAAAGUGUAUAAAAUGGAACGAGCUCACCAAUAUCAUUCGAUAUAUUUUCGAACAGUAUCAUGAGAUAUUCAUGCGUAACUUGUCUGCUAUGCCAAAUGGAGCAGACCUUCUCGGACACAACAGAAAAAAACAGGUCAGGACCAAGAACAGCUUUCCCGUUCCGGAGCAGACAACUUCACUCUCUUGAGACGUACCUAUCUACCUACCUAAACAAACCUAGCUAAAGUAAUGUUAAGUCGUCGAACCUAGUCGAAGUAUGACUGGAACAAAUG